AUGUCACUUUUCGGAACAGUGCCAGUUUUCCUUGCAGCGAACGUCUUUAUUCAAGCUCUAGGGAGCCCUGUGCCACCAGUGUCGUUGGACGAACUUAUGGAACUCGGAUUGAGCUCCACCGAAAAUCUGGGAUCGCCAACAGCCCCAGUCAACCCAAAACCAAGUGCAACGAAUGUUCAAAGCAGACAGAAGCGCGCCGCUACACGUAAUUGGUUACUCGAAAGAUAUUUGACUGCGUCCACAAAAACGCCUGGAUGGUUGCACUAUCGUAAGUUGAAUUCUGGCAAGCUAUACUAUUAA